UCGCGGUACCGAUGAAGCAGAAGCAGGCUGGGUUUCUGAGCCUCCGCUUGCUGUUGCAAAUCCACUGUUCUUCAGCCAAUGAAAUAAGACAGUCUGUACUCUUCCAGAGCACAAACCUGCUCCAUCACGGGAUGGUUUGUUUCUUUAGAAGCUGUUUACGGCCUGACUAGAAGUCAAGAGCAAGUUCUCCAAACUGAAGGCAGGGCAGGGAGCAGUUAAAGCUCUGCUAAAGUAUUUAGCAACUGCCGAGCAAAGGCUAGGGUGAGAUGGCCUUUGUGCCAACCAAGAGGAAAAAGAAGACCAAAUCCAUGAUGCAAGGAAGGAACCAACAACAGGCUGGAUCCUUAUCAGCUGACGGAGCCGAGAAAUCAGACCAUGAACAGAACUUUCUUGCUAUGACCAAGAUAAUGGAUGAUAAAUCCAGCAAUGGUUUUGAGGCUGAUGACAUUACAAUAGAUACCACUUCUGAAACUGUACGUUUCUCAAUUUCCAAUUUUGCAGCUACUUCUACCAACUCUGAAGUGGAGCUUGACAAAGCCAAGUCUAAUGAGAACAGAACACACAGUAAGGCAUGUCCUCAAGAAAAACAGCCAGAAGAAGAGAUACUGAAAGUACCAAUGGGAGCAGGACCAUAUUUUUAUAUCAGUGGAUCUAAUGGAGCUGGGCUCGUGAGCAUCUAUUGCCAGAACAGAGGCUGGCAGCGUAUCUAUGACAACAGAAGAGAGGAUUACGCACUGAAAUGGUGUGAAAUCAAGUGCCAAGAGACCUAUUACCAUUUCAAAGAAGGUGAACAGCUUCUCUACCAGAUUCCCAACAACAGAGUCCUCACCAGUAAGAUAAGGCUUUUAAGCUGCCUGAGAGAGCAAGAGCGGGUGAUGAAAAAGAUCAGCAGGAGCUCUAAUUCCAAGUUACUGAAGAUGGCAGAAUUCUUCCCAGAAUCUUUUCGCCUGGACUUAAAAGAUGAGAGAAAUGCCUUUUUUGAGCUUUGCAAAGAAGAACAGAUUUGGAUCUGCAAACCAAGUUGCUCUAACCAAGGUCGAGGAAUUUUCCUGCUUAAAAAUCCAGCUGCUGUCAACACCCUUCAAGCCAAGCUCCAGAGCUCUGAGGAACACCUACUCAAUAAGAGGGUGCCAUACAAGGCUCCCCAGGCAAGAAUAGUGCAAAGGUACAUUCACCAGCCUCUGCUCCUGGAAGGGAAGAAGUUUGAUGUCCGGUCUUACCUCCUCAUUGCCUGCACAGCACCAAACGUGUUAUUUUUUGCCCAGGGUUAUGUCAGGUUGACCUGUGUCAAUUAUGAUGCCGCUUCUGAUGAUCUGACCGUUCAUCUCACCAAUCAGCACACGCAGAAGAAGAACUCCCUGUACAGCCAGUUGAAAGAUGAGACAGUUUGGCGGAUGGAGCACUUCAACAGCUACGUUAAUGAGAAGUUCAGAAAAACCAGUGGCCUCCCCAAGGACUGGGUUUUCACUGUGUUUACUAAAAGAAUGCAGCAGAUCAUGUUGCAGUGCUUCCUGGCAGCCAAGCACAAACUGGAUCGCAAACUGGGCUACUUUGAUCUCAUCGGCUGUGACUUUUUAAUUGAUGAAAACUUUAAGGUCUGGCUUCUGGAGAUGAACGCAAACCCAGCGUUGCAUACCGACUGCAAAGUCCUGAAGGACGUCAUCCCAACUGUAGUCUACGAGAGUCUUGAUUUGGUUCUCGAGAUUUUCAACAAGCGCCUCAAAGGCCAGAGCGUUUUGCCUUUAAAGACACUCUGCCAUUUUGUGCUUCUCUAUCACGAGGAUGCUGCAGACCUUGGCCAGAAACAACCCUGGAAGCUCAGAACCGGCCGAUUUCUACAGCCACAACCAGGCAGCACCAGCCACUUUGGUCAAAGCCCUGCCAAGGUGCGGGAGAACUCUGCCAAGAAGCUCGGUUGCUCUAGGAAAAAGGUUGCCUUGUUGUCCAGAAAGAACCGUCAACAAACCGCCCUAACUAUACCGCACGUGCAGCUCUUCGACCGUCACGGAAAAACCCUCUGAACCAUUACGGAGCAAGCGGGUUUUCACAAGUUCAGAAGACGUAAAAAGAAAAUAAAAGCUAAACUUGUAUGUGCUGUGCAUGUCCAGCUCAUUUUCACCUUAUAUAAACAAACAGGUAUCAACUUCCACUGGAAAACCAGUAACUUUGUCUAUAAGUUCUUAGUUCUUCUGCAGAAAGCAAUACUUCAACCAGCCUGUCAGAAAUUACAGGAAAGCUACAGAAAAUGAGACAACUGUUACCACAUUAAAACUCAUCCCUUUUAAAACCAAUGUUGAUCUGACCGGUGCAAUCCAGAAACAGGCCAAACUUUUUACAUACAAAGUCCUGACACAGAAAGGCAGGGAGAGAAGCUGCAAAGAUGAAACCGAAGGCUUAACAGUAGAAAUCCCCCAGUUUGUCCCACCAUUUGCAGAGGUCCAGCUCCCUCACUCGUUAGAUCCUCCGUGCCUUGCACAUUUAACCUUCUGGUACUGAGACUCUCUUUCAGUUUU